ACAUAUAAUUUUGUAUUGCACAUAUGAUACUUUUAAAAUUUGAUAAAAUUAGAAAACCAAUAAACAUGAACAUAUAUGGUUGGAUAGAUGCUAAUGUUCCUACCAACUUACGAUUUGUUCUCGUUGUGUCAUGUGAUUCUCUGAAAGCAAGUUUAUGUCCAUUCGAUGUGAAGUUACAAAUCUAUUGAUAACAAGGAAAGAAUUGAUUAUAGUAAAGGAAAAAUUAGAUUAUAGUAUUUAUAGAAGAUGACAUAUUUUUAUCACAUUUAUGUAGUAAAAUAAAUGUAAAGGUCGGCCUACUACGACAAAUAUCGUUUAUACAAUAAUAUACUAUGAAGUGUAUGAAUCAUCGAUUUUGCGUAAUUAUGCAGUGAAACAUUAUUAAAUGGCAUAAGACUAAAAUUGAAUAAACAUUUCUAGUAGAACUCAAUUUUUUUGCAAAAAUAACGUAACAUAAAUUAAACAUAGAUAUUAUUGAUAAAGAUGCAUGGGACUGUCGAACUAAUUUUAAAUAGUGCUUUAUUGUGGAUAUUUCUUGAAGCGACAUGGACUGUGUUAGUGAGCAUUUUAUACAGUUUCCGCAUACCUUGGAUUUUUUGGGGUUCUUUGAUCAUAUUGAUUGGAUUGAAACUAGUUCGAGUUCCACCUCCACAUGCAAGUAUUGUGAAUGAAGUACUUGGUGUGAAUCCCUUUUUCAUAGGAAAGGAAGUACAUACGACUGAGAACCAGGGUGAUGGAGAACGAUAUUGCAUGUCUGUUAUAGCUCAUCGUGGUGGAGGAUAUGAUUACCCUGAGAACAGCUUGUCGGCUUUUCAAAAUAGUAAAGACAAAGGAUGUACUGCAAUUGAAUUUGAUUUAAUUCUUACAAAAGACAACAUUCCAGUACUAUUUCAUGAUAUUACUAUUGAAAGACUUACAGGUCAAAAGGGUGUAGUUAGUGAAAUGACCUGGGAUCAAUUGAAGGAAUUAGAUAUCACAUUUAAUCAUCCACUUAGGAAUAAAUUUCUUGAGGGUGAAAAAAUUGCAUUGUUCAAAGAUGCUUUACAAAUAUGUUUAAACAAUGAUCAACGUAUAAUAAUUGAUAUCAAAGAAACAAGAUUAGAUAUAAUACAGGUGGUAUUGGAUGCUUACAAAGAAAAUCCAAAUUUAUUUAAGAAAGCAAUUGUCUCAAGUUUUAAUCCUGUAAUUGUAUAUUUGAUUAGAAGGAAAGAACCACGCAUUGUAUCUAGUUUAGCUUGGAGACCGUAUUACUUCUCAAGGGAAUCUUAUUUAGGAAUAAAUGGACCAGGACCAUCACGCUUUGUUAAUCCAUUUAAACAUUUGGCAGCUUGCAUAAUGGAAAUUUUAUAUGAAUGGGCAUUACCAAGUUUUAUUUAUUACAUUGUAGGAAUAUCUACUAUUCUUUUACACAAGGAUAUAAUAAACCUGCAUGUUAUUGAACAAUGGCAUAAUCGUGGAAUUCGUGUGAUAGCAUGGACUGUCAAUUUGCCAUCAGAGAAAUUACACUUUUCUAGGCUGCUUAAAGUUACAUAUUUGACAGAUACUUUAUUAGCAGAAAAAGUAUAAUAUUACUUUAAUAUUUAUUCAAUAUUUAACAAAAUGUAUGUAGUACCAAUAUUGUAUACUUACAAUUUGAUAAUUUUAGCACAGAGUGCAUAACAUUUGAUACUCUAGUCUAUUCAUCAAUUGAUGAAAACGAUUUUGUACACCAUUUUUUAACUUAUCGCUACAUUUUAACUUAAAAGAGAACUUAAUUUUAUAUAGUGAGACUGGGAAAUAUGGUCAAUGUUAUUUCAACCUUAUUUUUCUUUCUUUUCUUUUCUUUUUUUUUUUUUUUUUUUUCUUUUAAAUUAAAAUUGCAUUUUUACAUUUUUAUAUUACAUGAAAUAAAACGUAGCUUCAAACAGUAUCAAAUAUAAAAAUUAGUGUAAACGAUAUACAAAAGGCUUAUAUAUAUUAUAAUAUUUAUUAUACAAUUACAUUCAAGUGAUACCACCUUGUAUUUAAAUGCAUCUAAAUCAAAUUUAUAUUUAUUUACAAUCAAAUACAAAUUUAUAUGUAUUUACAAUACAAUUUUUUGCAUUAAAAAGUCUUGUUAUUUUAUUUACUUUUAGAAACAAGAUGGUUACACUUUUAUAUUUAUAUGAUUACGUUCUUCAUAAUCAAAAAUGGACGGAAAAUAAUAUAUUUAUUAUCAUACUUAACUUCUUAUUCUGGUCUUUGUUUAUAAAAUAAUCUUUGUAAAUUCUCUCAAACAAUAGUAGUAAGUUUAGUUUUACGAGAUUCCAUGCCUUCAAUAAGAUCAGUUAGUAGAUCUUCCAUUUCUGUUGUUGCUCGCUUUAAUUUGCAAUUAUCAUUGACAACAUAGGACUCUGUAUGCAAUAAAAAUGCUUAUUAUUGUAAAAUAGUUAUAAGAUGUAAAAAAAAGUACAAGUAGAAAUAUAUAUAAUACAAUUUUUUCUUACAAAUUAUUCAAUACAAUAUAUUUUUAUAACUAUAUUGCUUUCGUGUCUCUUAAAAAUUAAAAAAAAAAAUAAAUAAAUAAAUAAAAAAUUGUUUUUAGAAUUACUUACCUUCUAGUAAACAAUCAUUUGCAACCAUGUUUUGCAAUCUAUCUAAUAUAUCAUUGAGAUCUCCUUGAAUAUUUUGUAAACUACUGUGUUGUGAAUGCUUAUCAGGUCGUUGUAGAGAAGAAGGUGUAUUAUCUCUUUGAGGUCCAACAGGAGAAUCAGAAAUUGUUAUUGGAGAUUCAUUACAAGCAAUAUUUCCUAUUGCAAGUUUAUUGGUUUGUCUAUCAUCUUUAUAAUUAGAAUCUCCAUUAUUUAACCAUUGAGAAAAGCCACUAUCGGGUAAAUUUAGUUCCGAUCGUUUUCCUAAAAACAACAAAAAUGUGAAAAUAUUUGUAGACACUAUUAUAAAGCAAUAAUUAUUUACCUCCUAUCCAUGUGCUUAAUUCUAUACAUGUGCUGCUAGGUGCUUUAACAAAUGAACUUGAAGAUGCUUCUUCACUACAAGGUGUCUUGAUGUAUUAUUGGACUUAAUUCAAAUUCUAAUGGUAGAGCUGCAACUCUAGAUGACAAUGGAAGCAUAGGUGUGCUUUGUAAACGAUUAAUAAAUUGUGCCUCAUAUGGAGGAUCUGCAAAUAAGUAUUUCUGCAAAUAAAUUUGGGAUUCAAUAGUAGCUCUAUGACGAUGAAGUCUCUCCGCUCUAGCUCCCUGAAUAUCAAGUAAUUCUAUUUGAAGUUGUUUGUUCUCUUCUUCUAAAUGCAUAAUAAUGCUUUGCAAUUCCUUUUGAGGAUCACUUAAAAUUUUCCUUUUAAUUGUACUUCUUAAUGUGGAGCAAUCUGAUUGCUUUGCUACAUUACUACAAUAUAUUAUAAAUAAAUUAGAAAAAGCACAUAAAUAUUAACAAAUAAGAAUUAUAAUUUAUUAACAAACCUAACAGCACUUAUCUGUGAUUCCUCUGUGCUCAUUAUAACCAUUUUAGAAGGACACAAUCUUAAUUUAUUUCUGAUUAAUUCAAUAAUUAGUUUCGUUGCUUCUCGAUUUGAUGU